AUGAGACCUAAGUGUUUUGUAAACAAUGACUUAUUUACAUCUCCCAGCUUCUCUUGUGUUCCUGAAUUGAUUAUAUCCUUGUUCAAUCUCAUCUUCAGAUUUGCUAAUGCAAAGGAAUGCAUCUUGAAGCUGAGUGGCCUCCUUAGCAGCCUAUCAGCAUUGGUGUUUGAAAUCGUCAUCGCAAGCUGCCAAUGCUGGCGCCUGUGGGAAUUCGACGACAAUGUUGUGGAUUUUGUGUCCUUUGGCCUUUGGGAAGUUUAUUUCCCUCAAGAGUUUAAUGUCUCAGGGACUGUAGUUAAGAUGCUGGUGCAUACCCCUAUCAAUUCCACCUGGACAUUUACACCUGAAUUUCAGUAUGUGCAAACCCUGAUAAUGUGGGCCGUUUUGAUGAAGCCAGUAGUUCUGAUUUUUGGUGCAAUCGCUAUUAAGAUCAGCUGCAUGAGAGACCCAUUUGUGGAACUGCAGAUAUAUUGCUACAAGGUCUCUGCCUUCACUCUGUGUAUUAGCGGCCUCUUCACAUUAGUUUCUGUGAGCUGGAACCACUUUGCAGAUCAUUAUGGUCAAACUACUCUCGAAUUUCCACCUGACUUUCCAGUUAAAAAAGAAGCCUUGAUAGAAAAGCACUAUACUGCUGUGUUCCCAGUAGGGGUUCUGACAACCACCAUGUCACUCUUUGGUGUGAUCUUCUUUCUCUCUGAGAUAAUCUCACUGAAACUACAGAGUCAGGUGAAGGCUCAGCGUGCUUGCAUAGUGGCGGAUCAAGAGGCCUGA